GUUUAUUUAUCAGUGACACCGCAAGCCUGCUAAAUCUUACUAGCUGCGUCUUUGUCCAUUGUUUUCGUUAGAAAUCAUAAGUAAAAUUAUAAUCUGGACUCAUCCAUUUCUAAAAUGGAGCCAGCAUGUCGAAAAGACAAACAAAAGCAGCAAACACCAACCCGUGGAGACAGAACAAAACAGAAAUCAGCCCAGCAGGAGCUAAAGCAGAGACAAAGAGCAGAGAUUUAUGCUCUGAACAAAGUCAUGACUGAACUUGAACAGCAGCAGUUUGAGGCCUUUUGCAAGCAGAUGCAAUCACAAGCCGAAUGAGAAAAACUCAUGUCAGGGCAAAGCUACACAGGUUAAGGUUAUGUUAUGAUGUUGCUCAUAUUUUUGUGUUAUUGUACACCAUCUGAUAAUCAGUUGGCCCUUGACAUUUAAACCAAAAUGUAUUCGCUGGAGUCUGAUGCACGCACACGCACUACUUGAAUCUGAGUGUACAAUCACAAUGAAAAUGUUGGUCAGUAAUGUACAAAACCAAAAAUAUCAUAAUGCAUUAUAUGUAUCAGAGAAUCUUCUUGUGAAAAGACAUUCACUCAGUUUUAUUUUCACUGUCAUUGUUAAUUGUGACGUUUUAUCUGACGUUAUUAUCCUGAACAAGUAUUACAUUGUUACAAAUCUGUUUGUGACCUGUUGACUGAAGGAAAUUCAGAUAAGAGUUGUCACUCUUUUGGUUUAUGAUCGAUUCAUUUUGUGAUUAUGUGAUAUACUUUAAUAAUACUGUUCUUUCGACCACAAGCUGUUUUUAACGGUUUACUUUUUAAUUAAAAUUUGGUUAUUAAAAA